CUUCGAGAGCCGGAGGGAGCGGAUCCGGAUCAGGAUCUGAGCGGCGCGAAGGGGCAGGGCUCCUGGAUGGCUCUGCCGAGCUCCGCUGUGGUUUGCUGCCUUCCAGAAUUCCUCUUGUGAGCCGGCCGUCCUGAUGCUGAACUAGCCGCCCAGUCAGAGUUUACACACGGCAGCCGCGUCUUGAGACCACGAGGGUCUAUUUUGGGGGGCCGAAGGGGAGCCAGACGGUGGCCGAGACGACAUGUCGGAGGAGACCCUUUUGAGCAUGGACGAGGGAACGCUCCGGAAACUGCUGGAAGCCACAUUGGAUCUGGCCGAGCGGCGGCAGAUCCGCUCUGCUAUCCGGGAGCUCCGGCGGCAAGAGCUGGAACGCGAUGAAGAGGCACUGGCGUCCAAGCGCUUUCGGACGGAGCGCAGCGCAGAGCGUCAGGAGAACAAGGAAAACGUGCUGAGGACCCGGCGGCUGGAAGAGGAGGAACAACGGCAGAAAGCUCUGGACGUCCUCUCUGGGAAGCUGGAGGCCAUCCAGGAUGUGGAGGAACUGACGGCCUUGCUGCGGGGAGCCAGCGAAUAUGAGGAGCGCAAACUGAUACGUGCCGCCAUCCGCAAACUGCGUGCUGAAGAAAUUGAAGCUGCAGCCUUGGCUGGCAAGGCUUACUACAGCCGGCGGGACACCCUCGAGGCCCUUGAGUGCAAGCGGAGGGAAGAAAACGUUGAGGACGGGGGCAUCUCAGAGGUGCAGGAGCAGAUGCUCAUCAAGGCCCAGAUCCAGGAGCUGCAAAGCCAGCGACACCAAGGAGCGCAGCCGACAGACGUGUCAGACUCUUCUUCCUCCUGCGCGGGGACUCUUUUGCUCUUGGAUCCUGUCCCCGGCCAGCCUGCCUCGGAGCCACCGCCACCCUUCCCCGAGAGGGGGCCUGAUCCAGAGUCGAGCGCUGAGGGCCCCGAGGCCACCUCCCAUGACAGCGAGGCCAGGGCAGGGUCUCUGCCCGCUUCCCAGGAGGAUGAGGCCAGCCGCGCUUUGGCACCGGAGGACGGUGGAGUGUUGAGGAUGCCCAAAGGAGAGGUCGGCAGUGAGACUAUGCAAGGGCAGCCGGAUGCUGCAGGUGCCCUGAAGGACCCCUGCCGGGAAGAGGAGCCCUACCCGAAGUCACCGAGUGAAGAGAAGCAGCGUGGAGAGGGUGCCCCAGAGCAGGAAGCGGCUGCAGCACACACAAGAGAAGAAGAACGUUGUCCUGUAGCUCCCGCUGGUGCUGUCCCUGAGACUCCUGCUCCCGUAGGUGCCCACCAUGGCGAAUCCAUGCAACUGGCACCACGUCCGACAACCAGCACAGAUUCCCGACGGGACCAGCCUUUCCAGCGAUCCGGCUCAGUCUUGGAUCGCGCUCGCAAGUUCAGCUCGGAGCCCCCCAAGCUGACGGGCGCUGUGCCUGCCCCCCCAAAGGUGGGGAGCGUGAGCAGAGGGGCCCGUAUCCUGCAGCAACAGCAACAACUCCUGCACCCCCAGCGCGCGGGAGACUUACCCGUCGGGGUCCCUGGCGGCACUGCCAGCCGUGCCUUCCAGGAUGGCAUCAGGCAACGGGCAGGGAGCCCUGGUGCGGAGCAGGCGUGGAAGCCCACUGCCGUCCAGGCAAAGGCUGGGACCGUGAGGCCUCCUGCCCAGAGUCCAGCCGGCCCUAAAGAGGCAGGCGGCCCCAAGGGGCGGAGCCAGAGCAGCCAAUGGCAGGGCAGCAAGCCGACACCUGGACAGCUAUCUGUUGAAAAUGCUCCGGAGAGGUCCGUGGGCUCAAAGGAACCCGAUGCCCCGCUGAGCACCUCCGCCCGCAGCCUUCCGACAGCCCCAGCCUGCAACCUCGCUGCCGACCCCAGCGACGCUAUGAAGACCCUCUUCACCAUUGAGAUCAAGGACGGGCGCACGCAGCCCAUGAGAAGCCACAUCGUGGGGACGCCAGGUAACCAGCGGGCAGAGCUCACCCUGGGGUUGAGAAGCACCCCUAUCCGAAUCACCACCAGCAGCGUUGACAGCACCACCAGGCAUGCCAGCACCACCAGCCUUAAUAAGAUGGAAGCUGAGGCGCCGAGGCAGCCCGAGGCAGCAUUGUCGAACGGCACACAGAAGGAGAAGACCCGCUCUCAGGAGCUGCACCAGCGAAGCCGGCUGAGUGCUGAAGAGCUGAGCAAAAUCGAGGAAGAGGACGUGUUGGAUAAGAUGCUGGAUCAGACCACAGACUUUGAGGAGCGGCGACUGAUACGGGCGGCCAUGCGAGAACUGCGCCAGCGGAAGCGAGAGCAGCGGGAGAAGGAGCGCAACCAGCGGCUGCAGGAAUCCAAGACCACGGAGACCACCGCCCAGCAGAGUGCCGUGUCGGCCGACGGCUCGGCCGUCAGCACCGUCACCAAGACUCAGCGCCUUGUCCAGUCCAAUGACGGCAGCAAGACCUCCCGCACGAUGACAAUGGAGUCAAGCUAUGUGAAGAGAUCAGAAACAGGUGGCAACACUUUCGUCCAGACCAAAUCGUCCUACAGCGCAUCAUCCUCCAAGAAAGUGGGCAGCAUCUUCGAGCGAGAGGACGAGAGCCCUGGGCGCGCGAGCAGCCUGGCCGCUCUGGAGCGCCGCCAAGCCGAGAAGAAGAAGGAGCUGAUGAAGGCACAGAGUCUGCCCAAGACGUCGGCAUUGCAGGCGCGGAGGGCCAUGAUUGAGAAGCUGGAGAGUGGGAGCCCGGCAAACCCCGCAGUGUCCAGGGUGGCCGUCCAGCGCUCGUCUAGCUUCGGGGUCCCCAAUGCUAACAGCAUCAAGCAGAUGCUCCUGGACUGGUGCCGUGCCAAGACCCGGGGCUACGAGCAUGUCGACAUCCAGAACUUCUCCUCGAGCUGGAGCGACGGCAUGGCCUUCUGUGCCCUGGUCCACAACUUCUUUCCUGAGGCCUUUGACUACGCGCAGCUGUCGCCCCAGGACCGGCGGCGCAACUUCGAGAUCUCUUUCUCGGCGGCAGAGAUGCUCGUGGACUGCGUCCCCUUGGUGGACGUGGAGGACAUGAUGAUCAUGGGGAAGCGGCCAGACGCCAAGUGCGUCUUCACCUACGUCCAGUCCCUCUACAACCACCUGAGGCGCCACGAGCUCCGGAUGAGGCAGCAGCACUUCUAGCCUUCCUCCCCAGCCCCCACCCCAGCCCGGCACAUCUUCUCCCAGGAGCCACUGCCACUACCCUUCUCCUCUCUGGAAUGCACAGCCUAGCUGGGCAGGGGAGGCAAAAUCUGGCUUCACCUGCUCCUCCGGACCUGAUCGGUUGUUCCUGCAUCCCCCACCUCCUCCCGGCCUUCAGAGACCUCCUAUGAUGGGAGGGGGCCAGCAGCAGCAGCAACGCCUUCCCAACGAACCCCACCGCAGGCUGGGCAGUCGGCAAUUCCAGCCAGCUCAAGGGGGCUGGCUCAGCUUCCACCGCUCUAUGGAGAGAAUGGGGACUCCUUCUCGUCCACACGUGCUUUUUAGAUUGUUGUUUACUGUAAGUUAUUCCUGUUCUCCACUCCACUCUUCUGUAUCUUUUUGCAGCCUGCACAGGGCCUCCCAUCAUGCGUGACAGAGCUGCACCAUCCAGGGCGGGGUAGGGUGGAACCUGAUUGACUGACUGUCAAUCCAAAAGCUUUGCGCACCUUUUUGAACACUUUGAACACCUCCCUGUCGGCUUAUGGCUUUGUGGUCUCGGCCGAGUGUGGACAACAAAAGGGUGCGUGUCUGUGUGUGCAGACCUCAGUCCGUCCGUGCUCCCCCCUCCAAUUCUUGGGCUGCGAUGACAGUUGCAAGCGAAGGGCGCGCUUUGCAGGUUCUAGACGGGGGUAGCUGGCAUGGGCCCUCUGGCUGCUAGGAAUGUAGUAAGCACAUUGCUCCCUCUGACUUAGGACUGCCUACACUGAUAGCUGUGGCUCUGCCGGGUUUCGGGCAGGGAUGUUCCCAGCCCUACCUGGAGGUGCUAUUGUGGAUUGAACCCUGGACCUUCUGCGUGCAAAAUGGAUGCUUUCCCACUGAGCGAUGGCUUUCCGUCAACUCCCAUCAGGACCAGCCAAGGUGGCUAGUGCUCAGGAGUGAUGGGCGACGAAGUCCAACGACAUCUGGUGGGCGCUCCUGGGGCUACUCCUGUUCUCGAACACUGGCGCAUAGGGAACUGCUUUGUACCCAGUGAGAGCAUCAGUCCAGCUCAGCAUUGCCUAUGCCACGAGUGGGCAGGCGUCAGGCUUGUUGACACCAUGUUGGGGUUUUUUUUGCUGACAUUUGGUACUGGUUGUGGAGGAGUCUGUAGCAGGCAUGAGCACUUGGCUCUGAAAACCCAGGACUGAUUUUGGUCGCACCUUGGUCUUGGGGAGAGGGGCACAUGUGGGUUUCAUUCUCUUGCCCCCCCACCCGGUAGAAACCAUGCCUGCACAAGAGCAUUCCUUCCCACAGUCUUUGGCCCUUUGCACAAAGCCUUGUUUCUCUAUGGGGCUGAUUAAUAUGGGAUUUGGGGGUGGAGAGGCUGGGGGGGGGAUGACUAGACCCUUGCAAGGAGGGGGUUAACAGGAUGGGCUCCUCCUGCUCCGCUCUCAGCCCCACGCCGGAUUGUAACUGUUCUUGCACCAGCACGUGGAUGUCUGUAGCAGCACCAGCGAGACUAAUAAACGUUUGGA